AUGGGAGCGGGAGAAUCAAGAAGUAUUUCGAAAAGUGUUGAUGUUAAUGAAAUUGCUGAAACUUGCGAAUUGCCGGUAAAGACCGUUCAUCGUUUGUGGAAGAGAUUUUGCGAGCUGGACAAGGAUAAUAAAGGAAAACUCGAUGCAGAUGAUUUCGAUGAAAUUCACGCUUUUCAUUUGAACCCCCUUUCUGAGAGGAUUAUCGCCCUCUUCUUGGACUCGACUGGUCACUGCGAUUUCGAAUCGUUCUGCAAAUUGAUCGCAGUUUUUCAGCCAUGCGACAAGAACACGCCACCAGAUGCGAUUAAUUCGCCGCGGAAAAAGGCAACUCUUCUUUAUCAACUCUUUGAUUUGGGCGAGACGUACGAAAUCGACCACACUCAUGUUUUCGAUAUUCUCCUUUUGAUGGUCGGAAAGGAUGUUGAUGUCAAGCAACUAAAGCAAAUUUCAAAGCGAGUUAUUCUCGAAACAACCGAAGGAGACAAACACAAAGUCAGCCUUGAAGAGUUUUUGAACUCGCUUGACGAAGCAGUUGUCGGUCUCAAAAUGUCUGUUGGUUAUUAA